AUGGAGGUGACAGCCAGAGCUCCCGGCAAAAUCAUACUUGCCGGCGAACACGCUGUGGUUCACGGAUCAACGGCCGUCGCUGCCUCCAUUGAUCUCUAUACUUAUGCCUCUCUUCGCUUUCCCACUCCUGAAGAUAAUGAUGAUACACUUAAACUCCAGCUCAAGGAUAUGGCUUUAGAAUUUUCUUGGCCAGUUGGAAAAAUUAAAGAAGCACUGCCAGAAUUGGGGAGUCAUGCCGCAUCAUCACCCAUGUCAUGUUCACUGGAUACCAUUAAAUCAAUUGCAGCACUAGUUGAAGAACAUAAUAUUCCAGAGGCCGAAACUGGACUUGCUGCUGGAGUUUCAGCUUUCCUUUGGUUAUACACUUCUAUCCAAGGGUAUAAACCUGCGAAGGUGAUUGUCACUUCUGAGCUUCCACAGAGCUCUGGAUUGGGUUCAUCGGCAGCACUAUGUGUCUCCCUCUCAGCUGCUCUACUUGCUUUGUCCGAUGCUGUGAACUUAGAUUUUGGUCAACAAGGCUGGUUAAUGUUUGGAGAAAGCGAACUGGAAUUGGUUAACAAAUGGGCUUUUGGUGGUGAAAAAAUAAUCCACGGGAAGCCAUCUGGGAUAGACAACACGGUUAGUACAUAUGGAAACAUGAUUAAGUUUAGAUCAGGAGAUUUGAUGCGCAUCAAGUCCAAUAUGCCGCUUAAAAUGCUCAUAACUAACACAAAAGUUGGGAGGAACACGAAGGCAUUAGUUGCCAGCGUUUCUGAGAGGAAGGUCAGGCACCCUGAUGCUAUGAUUUCUGUAUUCACUGCGGUUGAUUCUAUCAGCAAUGAAUUGGCCUCUAUUAUCCAGUCUCCUGCCUCUGAUGAUCUUGUCAUAAUUGAGAAGGAAGAAAAACUAGAAGAGCUGAUGGAAAUGAAUCAAGGGUUGCUCCAGUGUAUGGGGGUCAGUCAUGCUUCUAUAGAAACUGUGCUUCGAUCAACAUUGAAAUACAAAUUAGCGUCCAAGUUAACAGGAGCUGGUGGUGGAGGCUGUGUUCUGACACUAUUGCCAUCCCGUAUCCAUUUCAUUAAUCUGCUAAUAAAUGCCACUUUUUAA